AUGUCAUGUUUUUCGCUUGAAUCCCGGUUGGACACCUACAAAGAAAGCAAAGCAAAUUCAAAAAAAACGAGUUUCUUAGAGUUUGCACUGUGUGGCCUUUUUAUGUCCAGUUCAGAGAAUUACAUGACGACCACGUGUUACUUGUGCGACAAAACACUGAGUUACUGGAUGGAUGACGAUAUACCAUUUGUAGAACACUUAAAAAGACACAAUAACUGUCCGCUGUACCAGUUACACGAUGCUAGCCAGAGAUUGCUCACGUUUGAUGGAUUGAAAAUGCCACACGCAAGGAUAAGGAAACUCGCAGAAAAGGGGUUUUUUGCCUAUUCCCUGAAAGCAGGACAUAUGGACCUGUUUUGCUACAAAUGCGGGUUCUACAUGAGUCAUUUUCCGGGUUAUAACUCGAAUCAAAUGCGGUACCACGAUAAAAAGUGUGUACCUGACCACAAAUACAUUUUGAGAUCACCAAGCGACUUUCUGAAGAAUCCCCACGAUUUGUUCUUCAUAGAUCUGCUCUCUGGGAGAUAUAGGGCUGUCAUAUCGCAGUACCUUUCGCACGAAACAGUAUACCUGCACGGCUCUCUCGCGAAUGAUCUAAGGUUACUGUUCAGCUUCAGAGGAAAGAACACGUUUUUGUUGAGCACAAAAAGUGCCUUACUGCAGUGUUUGAACAAUAUGAUAGAGCACGCAAAAGAAUUGGUAGAGAAUGAUGAAAAUAACAUUAAUAACCUGCUGGAUGAGUUAUCAAAUGAGAAUGAACUGUAAAUUUGUAUUUUGCUCAUCGUAUAAUAAUUUUAAAGCUCAUUCCAAAUAAAUCAUAGUGUAGUUUACUUAUACAAAAUUUAUGGUUGGAUGCGCCCUUAUGUACCAAAAACGAAUAAAAUAUUGUUCCAGA